AUGUUCUGUUACCUAAAGAUUAUGAACUUGGGCAUGUUCCUAAGCAUUCUUGUGCCUCUAUGGUUGCAGAGGAUAAAUCUUAGCUGGCUCUUCACCGUCUCCAAAGCAGCAGAUACACUAGACAACGAACAUCAACCUAGUUUGGAUGUUUCUGCAGAGAAGAUGCUCAAAGAACAAGGUCAUCAAGCGUCUUCAGAUACUGUUUCUGAGGCUACCUGA